AUGGGGUUUUCAGAUAUAUAUAAAUUCCUGAGCACCACACAUUCAGAAAAGAAUCCAGAAGAGAGUUUUGAUAAUCAUAGUCAAUUAAGUUCAAGUUCUGAAAAACAUGGAAUUAUUCAAGUAGAUAAGAAUGUUAAGGAGAUUGGUAUAGUUUCUGCUUCCUUCCUUAUGCUCAAUAGAAUGUUAGGAGCAGGUGUUUUUUCCACACCAGCAGUAAUUUUAAGUUUAAGUGGAAGUGUGGGUACUUCACUUUUGCUCUGGGUAUUGGGAUCAGUUGUUGCUUUCUCAGGAUUAUUGUGUUAUAUGGAACUUGGAACAGCUUUACCGAGAAAUGGAGGUGAAAAGAACUAUCUUGAAUACAUGUUUAAAAAACCAAAAUUUUUAGUCACCGCUAUGUAUGCUUCAUACGUCUUCUUCCUUGGAUGGGCCAGUGGCAACAGUAUUGUGACCGCAGAAUUCAUCCUUAACGCAGCUGGUAAAGAGCCUGGUCAAUGGAACUCAAGAGGUAUUGGUUUGGCAGUUAUUACUUUUGCAUUUUUAAUAAAUGCUAUAAAUGUAAAAGCUGGUUUAUUUUUAGCAAAUGCCUUAGGAAUCUUCAAAAUUGGAAUAGUAUUAUUCAUCACUGUAACGGGUUGGGUUGCUUUGGGUGGAGGUAUAAAGACAAACAACUUUCAACCAACUGGUAAUUUUCAUAAUGCAUUUUCUGGGGAAGCUCCAACUGGAUUUGGUGUUGUCAACGCAUUAUAUAAUAUUAUUUGGUCAUAUGUUGGUUAUUCCAAUGCUAAUUAUGCUUUAGGUGAAAUCAAAAAUCCUCAAAAGGUCUUGAAAGUUGCAGCUCCAACAGCUUUCAUUAGUUUAGCUAUAAUUUAUAUGUUUGUUAAUAUUGCAUAUUUCGCAGUCGUUCCAAAAGAGGAAAUUGUUAAUUCAGGUAGAAUUGUUGCGGCUUUAUUUUUCAAAUACGCUUUCGGAGAUAAAGCCGAAAAAGCCGCAUCAGUUUUUGUUGCAUUAUCAGCUUGGGCAAAUGUUAUGUCAGUUAUAUUUUCACAAGGUAGAAUUAUUCAACAAUUAGGUCGUGAAGGUGCUUUACCAUUUUCAAGAUUUUUUGCAACUUCAAAACCAUUUGGUACUCCAUUUGUUGGAUUAUUUCAACAUUGGAUCGUUUGUAUUGUAACAAUCUUAGCUCCUCCACCAGGUGAUGCUUAUAAUUUUAUAUUGAAUUUGAUAUCCUAUCCAUUAAAUGUGGUCAAUACUACAAUUGCAGCUGGAUUGAUAUACAUAUACUACAAAAAAUUCAGAGGUCAAACGGAUUGGAAUCCACCAAUUAAAGCUAGUUUUCCAGUUGUUGUUUUUUUCUUUUUAGCUUCGUUAUAUUUGAUCGCUGCACCAUACAUUCCACCACAAGAUGGUCAAAAAGUUUAUAAUAGUAUGCCAUAUUGGAUUCAUGCCGUUGUUACUUGGGGUGUUUUUGGAAUUGGUUUAGUAUAUUGGGUAGUUUGGGUUAAAAUUUUACCAUACUUCGGUGGAUAUAAAUUAAUCGCAAAAGAAAUAUUAGGUGAUGAUGGAUUUUGGAGAAAUAAAAUUUAUAAAGUCUCAAAAGAUUCAAUUGAUGCUGAUCUUUCCUCAGAAAUUCAAGAUGGAGGAGAAGUUAUUCAUUAA